AUGGCCGGUGAUAUGCCAGUCGCACCAGAGGAUGCCCUGCCCGUCAUCAAUCUUUUACGCGGGUGGCCGGCGCCUGCACUGCUCCCUGCCGCCAUCAUAAAAAGCGCUGCCCACGCCGCAUUGUCAGAUCCUGCAGUGGCUUUCGCUGGCCUGGAAUAUGGACCCGAUCCCGGCUACGAGCCUUGUCGAGAAGCCAUAGCCGAUUGGUUGACGGCUAGCCAUCACUGCCUCGCUGCGAGAGACAGCGAUGGUGAGGAUUUCACCAUUGGACCGGAACGCAUCUGUAUCACUGGAGGAGCCUCUCAAAAUCUGGCAUGCAUGCUCGCAGUCUAUACGGAUCCUACGUACACUCGCAAUGUUUGGAUCGUAGAGCCGGCUUACAUGCUGGCCUUCCGCAUCUUCGAGGAUGCUGGCUUCGGCACAAAGUUGCGAGCGAUACCUGAUCAUGGUGGUAUUGAUCUAGAAUACUUGCGGCAAAAGCUGAUUGAGAGUGAAGCCGAAGCUGCAACAAAGUCUAUAGACAAGCCUCUUCUCAAGCCUGGCCGGCCUUGGGCCAAGAUUUACAAGCAUGUGAUUUACUGCGUUCCGUCAUUCAGUAACCCAUCUGGGACGACCAUGUCCUUGGAUGCACGAGAGGGACUUGUACGAUUGGCAAGGGAGUUUGACGCCCUUGUCAUCCCCGAUGAUGUCUAUGAUUUUCUACAUUGGUCAAUCCAUAAUCCUGGCAAUACAGAUGCUCAAGCACCGCGGACACAGCCGACAAGAGUACGACUGCCACGAUUAAUCGACAUCGACAGGUCCCUUGAUGGCGGUGCUGAAAGAUCUGGCACAGAUGGAUUCGGUAAUGUGUGCUCGAAUGGUUCUUUCUCCAAAAUUGUUGGACCUGGUAUCCGGGUAGGAUGGGUCGAAGGCACUAAAAGAUUCGCACACGGCAUUGCAGAAACUGGGUCGACAAAGUCAGGUGGAGCUCCCAGUCAACUCACCUCAACCUACAUGAAUCACAUCAUAAGAAGUGGAGAGCUUCAACGUCACAUCGAUACAACACUUAUUCCAGCCUACGCGCAUCGCCAUCGUGCCAUGGUAACUGCAGUUGAAGAACAUCUCGCUCCACUCGGCUUUCAAAUGCAUCGUCCGAAAGACUUCUUCGGUGGAUAUUUCAUUUGGCUGGUGCUCCCGACUUCUCUCCACGCACUUGAUCUGGUCGGUGAGUGCCUUCGACGGGCAAAUACCAUUGUCGCAUCAGGCAAGGUCUUUCAGGUUCCUGGUGACUCACACCGGCAAUUCAACAACCAUAUCCGUUUAUGUUUCGCCUUCGAAGACGUCUCGAGAUUGAUCGAGGGCGUCCGCAGAAUCUCCCACGUCUCGAGAUUUCCCUUGACGGCUUCAAAUGAGAUGCUAAGCUUCGCCUGA